GGCAGACAUGACAUCUGGAGCAUGGCGCAUGGCUAGCUAGCGUUGUGGUGCUGUGCUUCGCUGCUACUUUCAUGCCCUAGCUUGCGCACCAUGCGUCAUGUCGAAGCAAGAGCACAAGCGCCUAGCCAGAGCUCCACGACCGUAAUACGAACGUCCGUCGACUUUGGAUAGUCCAGACUAAUAUUACCACGACACGCCAGCCAUCACUCGAUGGUCUCGCCUGCAGCGGCGCGUUUGCCUCGACGGCAACCAAGUCACCACACUGCUGCAACUUGCGCCCGCUUUCAUCGCCGCAGGGGCUAAAGAUAGCCCGAUGCCCGAGUUACACCGCUCUAAACUUAGACGUUGUGCCGCUGGUGAAGAAACCAAGUCUAUUCCUAUCGGACCUUCGCUGCGACACAACGUCAAGCAUCAUCUAGUUGCCAGUCUGUGAUUGAUCUUGACGGCCGGCGACGUGCCUUGGAGUCAUGCGUCGUAGCAGCGGCAGCACGUUUCGCCUCAGCGACAAAGCGUUCCUGACCUUCUUCAUUCCCCUGGCGUGCAUCCUGUUUGCGUCCGCGCCAGCUUUGGUCCUCCAGUCGUUCGCCGACCCGUUGUACGAAACAUCAGAGGCCGUGCCCGACGUGGUCCGGCACAAAGUGCUCUCGUGGUGGAACAAGCAGACAUGGCCACGGCUCUUUUUCCAACAAGCCGACGCGGAAAUCCCCCUCGUCUUUUUGCAUGAGCAGUACCCGACCACCGGUCGGAAGACGCUCCGCCUCCACGACAAAAAGUACCUCAAGAUGGCCGAGACGAUGCAACAGUCCAAACGGCCGUCCGAGCUCGGCUACGUUUACAUUUUCAACGCCAAGGACGCUCGUGAUUUGCCUAAGGGCGAACUCGUUCAAGUCGAUGGGUUUGAGUGGCGGGACGACGGGUGUUUGGUGUCGACCACGCGGAAGCGAAGCUUUCGCAUCAAGAGCAUUCGCCGCGACCCACAUCAUGGCAUUAUGUUUGCCAAAGUCGAGUGGAUUUAGAUGGAAGCGGCACACCGACGGUCCCCAUGAGACGUCGCGGGCGACUGUCGUGCUCUUCCAUGUAUACGCAACAUGCACAUGUGUGUUUUGGAGGUGCACGCCGCCUUGCAACAACGAUGGUGACGCGACUUUUGGGUAACGACGCGCUAGCGUCGAGCUGAGCGGCGUGCUCGAGGACCGCGUCACUUCGAUUCAGUUGGUGUUGAACGUUUCUUAAGUUGUCA